AUGCCUUUCUCUCUGAGGCGUCCUCGCCCUCACAAGCCGUCUCGUUCAAUAUUCGAUGUAAUAAAAUCCAUAUAUGCUCCUGAGAGGAAGAAUGUGGCCCAUCUCCAAAUAUAUUCUCAAACUCGCUCUUCCAGUAACUUCCUGCGAGCACAUCCCAUCACCCUAUUGCCAAACGAGAUCUUAGGGUUCCUCUUCGUUCUUGGAGCACAAGAUGAUGACAUGCUGCCUAUGCGGGUCUCGCAUGUAUGUAGAACUUGGCGCGAUCUAGCCCAGCAUACACCUGCGCUGUGGAGGCGCAUCAGCCUCGACUCGCGCUCUUACAUGUGGACGCAGCGCAUACUACGAGCGAAGGCGUGCACUCUCGACAUAGAGCUUGUUCCUCCACUCUAUCGGGCAACCCGCAUCCAAUAUCACGAUGCACAGGCAGUCUUACUGUGCAUGCACCUCAUCAUGCCCCACAUCUCUCGCUGGCGUUCACUCGAGAUCAGGUUUGCCACAUACGCCCCGUAUCUGUGGAAUGCGGCGCUAUCUGCGUGUUGUGGGCAUAGUCCCAGACUGCGCGCAUUCGCUUUACAGGAGCUUAUACUGGUCUACCCUGGAAAUGACGACACGAAGGAGUUUGCCUUAUUCGACGGCGUCGCACCACGGCUUCGCAAGGUCACUCUAUGUGGCAUCCGACUGGCGUGGCUGCCGUCCCUAUUUCAGCACCUCACCUCCCUCGAUUAUACCCACCAUGGUUUCACUCAAGCGAACGAGGCGGUUUCAGAAAUUUUGUACAUGCUCAAUGUCUCUGCGUGUCUGCGAGAGUUGCGGCUUACCUUUCCGUGGACAGCAGACGGUAUAGCUAGCCGCGUGGCGCCUUCAUCGCGCUCAGUACAUUUGCCAUUCCUCCGCACGCUCGAGCUGCACAUUGAGGGCCGUACCAUCCCCUCCAUGGUCCUCUAUCUUCUUGCGUACGUCUCUCUUCCCGCUGUGCAUACCUUCCGUCUUUCCUCCCGUCCGGUUUUCGACUUUCACCGCCCUCAGCCGACGGUUUUUCCCCACUUGCGCCGCGUUCUGCGCGUCCUGCCGCCGCUUGUCACGCUCGAAUACCUCUACCUUGAACAUUGCUGGCUCGAUGCACACUUCACAUGUGCGCUUGUGCAGAGCCUGCCUCGCCUGGCGCAUCUUACUCUACGUGGGACGCUCAUUCUCGAUUCGCUCCUUAUCGCUCUUGGUGGGGUACUUUGGGGACGGGUGCGUAGUACUGGCGUGUGUCUGCAGUUGCUGGAGCUCGUUCAGUGUGAACUCGCGUCGGGCCAGGGGUUGGUGGCCGCUGUCAGCCGCAGGGCUCGUACUGCCUCGUGUAUCUCCGAGGUACACCUUCGGGACUGUGUGGGUAUUGAUCUGGUGGCCGUAGGCAGCCUGAGAAGGAGUGGCGUCAGAUUAAAGAUUUGGAAGCAUGGGGCAGAGGUUGACACUGCGAAGCUUGGGACGGUCUCUCGCCGGGGAGUUCACUAG